AUGUCGAUGUUAUCAGCAAAGCAUGGAUUCGCUCUAGUGACCCCUGCAUCCAGAGGCUUGGGCUUCGCUUUUGCUCAGCAACUUCUAGCACGCACCCAGCUCCCAGUCGUGGCAACGGCGCGCAAAAAUUGCGAUGAGGUUCGAGACCAAUUACUCUCAAGCAAGGGGCUACCUCAAAAUGCAGAAGAUAGGCUUCGUGUGCUAAAGGUCGACGUGACAGACGAAACAACGUUAUCAUCAAUGACAGAUACUAUCCGACAAGAGUAUCCUGAAACACCCUUGCGCAUAGCAUUGACUGUACCUGGUGUUCUACAUGUAGAGAAAUCGCCAGCGCAGAUCGACGCCGAGAGCGCGUUGCACAGCUUUCAGGUCAAUGCUGUUGGUCCGCUAUUGUUGAUGAAACACCUUGCCCCAUUCCUUCCGACCAAGUCUUCUUCUGCUUUUCCUGCAGCUGAGGAUAGCGAUGUUGAAAGUGAAGUGCAACUACCCACACAUGCAAUCUAUGCUAUGAUGUCAGCCCGUGUAGGCUCAACCUCCGAUAACCAUUCUGGCGGCUGGUACUCAUACCGUGCGAGCAAAGCGUCCGUAUUUCAAAUUGCGAAAACGUUUGAUUUGUAUCUCCGUGGGCGGUGUGGAAAUAAAGCGUUGGCUGUGGCUUUACAUCCUGGUACCGUGCGCACGGAGUUCACUAAAGAAUUUUGGACUGGUCGUGAGAUGCUAGAGCCUUUGGAUUCUGCGGAUCGGUUAUUGUGUUUCCUUGCGCGAUUAUCUCCAGGGCCUGAAGAUGGAAGAGGGAGGUGUUGGGAUUGGAAGGGCGAGGAGAUAUUACCAUAA